AUGCUUAAUUGUCAAAGCGAGGUGUUCCAUGAAGAGAUUUGUCGUCUGCGUAAUGGUGAGGAAAUUAAUCGAAAAUCUUUUCUUUUCAAGUUCUCCCCAUACUUAGACCAGAUUGGUCUGCUGCGAGUAAAAGGUAGAAUUGAUGCUGCUGAGGGUGUUGCCAUUAAUGUCAAGCGUCCAAUAAUCCUGCCACGCAAGCACGACGUAACGCGACUACUCGUCGACUUCUAUCACAGGAAAUUUCACCACCAUCACAACGAGAUCGUCGUCAACGAGAUGAGGCAAAGGUUCUGCAUCUCCGCCUUAAGAACGCUGGUAAAAGAAUGCGCUGCAAAAUGUCAAACCUGCCGGAACCGUAGGGCUUCUCCACAACCUCCUCAAAUGGGAGAUCUGCCAAUGGAACGUGUGUCACCUUUUACCAGGCCAUUCACCUUUACAGGGGUUGACUAUUUCGGACCAAUGGACGUUGUAAUUGGCCGCAGGCGUGAAAAGCGGUGGGGUGCUUUAUUCACAUGCCUUACCACCCGCGCAGUUCACAUUGAAAUCUCACCUACUUUAUCUACCGAGUCGUUUUUGCUGAUUUUUAAACAAUUUGUGAGUCGCCGUGGAGUACCGAAGCGAAUUAUAUCGGACAACGGCACCAAUUUUCGCGGUGCUAGUGUACUUCUAGUAAAAGAAAUUGAAAGAAUAUCGUCGGAUGAUAUAGAAAGGAAAUACCCUGCAAUUGAAUGGAUUUUUAUUCCCCCCGCUUCACCACAUAUGGGAGGGUCAUGGGAGCGCAUGAUACGUUCUACGAAAUCGAUUCUAAUGGACAUUCUACCUGAUUCCGGUAUGCGAGAGGAGGUGUUAAGAGCCGUUCUAGCCGACAUCGAAAACAUUUUAAAUUCAAGGCCACUGACGUACGUGCCGCUUGAUUCAGCCGAAGAUGAAGCUCUUACGCCAAACCACUUUCUGACGGGACACUCUAGUGGUAUUCGAGAACUAACAGAUAAUACCAACUCUGGAUCGGCUCUACGGCAAAACUUUAAAAUUUCUAGCCAGUUGGCUGACCAAUUUUGGAGAGGCUGGGUUAAGGAGUACCUCCCCUGUCUUACCAGACGUGCAAAGUGGUAUCAGCCACCAGCAAACCCAAUCAAAUUGAACGACGUGGUGGUCAUCGUAGACGAAAACUCCAAGAGAAAUUCGUGGCCGAAAGGAGUAGUAAUAGAUAUGAAUUUUGGUAAAGAUGGCCAAGCUCGUAGCGCAGUAGUCAAUACAGUAAAUGGAUUAUGUACACGACCGAUAGUAAAGUUGGCGAAAUUGGACGUCGAGGUUGAAAAACGUGGGGUAAACGUUAUGCAUAAAACCGCAUAA